AUCAGGGUUAGGGUUGACGCCCACCCUUCUCUUACUAUAUAUAUUAGAUGUUCAGUUUCAUUUUCAUACGAUUUCACAGCCGCUGUCAUAAUCAACCCUGUGAAUCUAGAUCCAGUAAUCACACAUCCAAAUGUAAGCGAUAUAGUUUUUCUAUAUCUUCAAACUAUUCAACUACUGGCAUAGGAGGAUAUAUGGAUAUCAACACUUUUUUGUGUCGAUUCCAAAAACAAAUUCUCUAUCAUGCUUCGAGAUCCAAACGAAAAACUAGCAAAGAUCCGCAACAUUUUAAAACGAAAAACAUUCUAGUAGAAUCAGAUCGGUGCCAGUUAGGUGUUCAUAGCAUUUCAAUGGUUUUGUGGGUUUGUCAGAGGUCGCUCUACCAUACCCUUUCAAAGUGUGAAAGGGAUAACCAUUUAGGGUGUUUGAGGGCACAUCAAGUACGCACAAACAACCGCUUAUGGUCCCCCAAAUGCUCUGCCCGUUUGCAAGGUUGUGGGAUCUCCUCAAAUUUAUCCUUGGACAAAUCAAAAGAAAGAAUUAGCGGCAUCUGAUAAGCCGAACCAUGACAAACAACCCAAUGAAGUGCGCUGAUAAAAGUGUAGUUCACUUCUCCAAUAACUUCCCAGACGUUGGAUUUUAAAUUAAACUUUAGAAAACAGGUUUGACUACUACCAUUUCUAAACCCUAAUACCACCUUGUAGUCAUCUUUGGACGAAUCAUAACCAAAACCAUAAAUCAUAUUACCCUCCUGAGGGAUUUGGGGAUUUUCCAGUUUAUUCACUUCUCGGGUUUCAGGAUUGAUAAGUAAAAAUUUGGUACGAGGGAGAAACACAUCCCAAACCAUUUGAAUAACCAAGUAGAUGAUGCGUGCGACAGAUAGACAACUAAGAUUUUAUCAGGGUCAUAUAUCCAAUCACCACAGCCCGUAAUAGACAUAGCAAUUCUCCUGCUUCCCAUUUUGUUAUUCAGAGUUCAAACAUUUCCAUAACUUUGAAACCCUCCUGUAAUGGAUCAGAUCCCUCACCUCUAACCUUAUCAGUAUUAGUUGAAUCAUUUCCUUGGGCAACUGUGCCAUUGAACCCUAGAACUGAAUGCCCGAGUUUGGAAAAGAGAGAGUGGGUUGCGUGUGAGAAUAUGAAAUGUAUAUAUUUUGGUUUGUGAAAUUUGUAUAUUUUGUUAUGUGAAAUUAGAUGAAAUAUAUGAAUGAUUAUGUAAAAUGUGAAUGAAAAUAUGUAUGUGUGAAUAUGUAUUAAAAAAAAGUAUUAUUAUGUG